UUUAUUGUGAGACAACGUGGAUUAUGUUUGGUUAUGUAGUGUUUAUGUGAGACAAAUUAUGGCUGGUUCUUUUGUUACGUUGCUGGGGGAAGACGUCGUGAGAAGUGUAAGCCAACAGGAAGAUCCAGUUGCUCGACAAAGAGCGUACGUUUAUCUCGAAGAAUUAAAAAACUCGGAAUGGGGAUGGCAAAUGUGUUUGAACGCAUUGGGAAGUGAAGCGAAUCAAGAUAAUUAUUUGCAAUUUUUUGGGUUUCAAAUCGUAGAACAUUAUGUUAAAACACGUUACGAUUCAGCUGGUCCUUCUGAACAGCAACAGGUCAGACAAUUCUUCAGACAGUGGAUAGAACUUAGAUGUAUGCCCCAAGCACAGACGGAGCCACCUUUUAUUUUAAACAAAGCCGCCCAGAUAUUUUCCAUGAUAUUUGUACGUGAUUAUCCACAUAGAUGGCCUAAUUUCUUUGAUGACUUGAUUGCAACGUUGAACCUUGGACAUCAAGCUGUUGACAAUUAUUUGAGAGUGUUGAAAGCUAUCGACGUGGAUGUUGCAGAUAGGGAAGUACUGCGGACACAGGCAGAAUCAGAAAGGAACGCGAAAAUAAAGGACACAAUGAGAGUUUCAUGCAUUCCAAAAUUGGUAGACACAUGGUUUCAAAUUCUGAAAACAUAUGAAAUAAGUCAUCCGGAUAUCGUUGUUCAGUGUUUAGAAGUUUUGGGUGCCUAUGUUUCUUGGAUUGAUAUUACCCUGGUAGCAAAUGAUCAUUUUAUAAAUCAGAUAAUUCACUUAACAUCUUCCGUCGUUGCUCGUGAGGCAGCUGUGGAUUGUCUAUAUUACAUUAUUGCUAAAGGAAUGGAUCCUCUUGAAAAGUUGAGGUUGGUGGAAUCACUGUUCUCUAUUUUGGAAAAGCAGGGUAUUUUAACUCCUCUUAAGGAAGAUGAAACAGAUUACACAAGUAAAAUUGGUCGUUUGAUAAAUGGCAUAGGCAUUACAUUGAUGGAAGGAUACAACAAGCUCCUAAAAGAAGGUGCUGCAGAACAGGCGAAGCUUCUACAGUGUGCAGUUGAAGGAAAAGUUCGAUACAUGUUAGAAUUUCUUAAGAAUGAUUAUGAUGAAGUAUCUGCAGCUGUAUUUGAAUUCAGCAGGGAAUAUAUACAUAUGUUGAAAGGUAAAUUAAUUACAGCUGAACAACUACAAGUCUUGGAAACCAUGUUGUUGACAAUCGCCCAUAAAAUGAAGUUUGAUGAGUCAUAUGACUUUGAAACUGAUGGCGAAGAUGAGGCAACAUUUCAAGAUUAUAGGAAGCAGCUGAAAGUUCUCUUGGAAAACAUUGCUGGUGUUAAUAAAGAAUUAGUAAUUGAUUUUGUCAAGAAGUAUGUAGACCAUGUUGUUUGGCAUUGGCAGGAAUCUAGUUUCCAAGAUGUGGAAGUUGCUAUAUCAUUAUUUUACUUUAUUGGGGAAGCCAUUCCUGCAGUGGGAGGAAAUCAUUUUUCUGGUGAUCAAGCCAAAGUCUCAGCUAUGCAUGCUAUGAUGACUUCCCUUGUGACAAGUGGUGUCAGCUCCCAUCCGCACCCAGCAGUUACGCUCCAGUAUUUGGAGACUGUUGUUAGAUAUGACAAAUUUUUUAUAACAUCUCCUGAACAUCUUCCAGAUCUGUUUUUGACAUUCCUGGACUGCAGAGGCAUGAGAAAUAAGAGUAGCAAAAUUCGGAGCCGUUCAGCAUAUUUAUUUUCAAGACUUGUUAAAAGUCUUAAGUCUAGCGUUACAUCUCCGCUUGCAACAAGUGUCCUGCAGUCAUUACAGGACUAUCUUCUCAUCCCAAUACCUGGAAGUGGCAUCUCACAAGAAUGGGUCAGUGAAGAUGAUCAGCUGUUUUUGUAUGAAGCAACAUCAGUUUUGAUAGUAUCAGCUGACUACCCUUCAGAACAGAAGGCUCUCGCAUUCCAGGAGGUGUUGUUUCCAAUACUUGAGAAAUACAACAGCAUGGUGGCAGAAUUGAUGAAGGAGACAGAUGAACAACAGCAAGAAGUAAUUGCUAAAUGUAUGUGUCAUUCAAUGGCUGUGACAAGUCGUAUGAGCAAAGCUUUUAGUAGUAAACAAACUAUGAAAUCUUGCAAUUGUGUGGAUGUAUUUGUGCAAGCUUUAAAGGUAUUCCUUGGGUGCUUAUUGAUCCCGAAUCAAGCAGCGGUGUUACACAGCAGUCUCCGUCAAUUCUUGCAUAGAAUGGUGGUUUGUUUGGAAGACGAAAUACUACCAUUUGUUCCACAGGCUUCUGAAGGAUUGUUGAAACAAAGUGACAUCACAAGUGUAAAGGAAUAUGUCCCCCUUAUUGUGCAGAUUAUUGCAAAAUUCAAGAAAAACAUAUUACCUUUCUUGCAACAGGCACUUGUACCAAUAGUAAAUGCUGUGUUUUCUUGUCUUUCAAUUCCUGUGGAAGAAAAUGAUGAAGAGGCAAAGCGAGAAAAGCAGUUGUUAAGGAGAAGUUAUUUUCAGUUGAUUGCAGCAAUCUUUCAAAGUAAUGUCACAGAAGUGUUUAGUUUCCUGGAAAGUACAUUCGUUGAGCAGGUACUCAUGAGUGUCAUCCAGGGUGCGGUGGAUUUUCCAGACCCUGUGGCGCAAAAGACAUGUUUCUCAAUACUGAAGAAACUAGUUGAACUUGCGGGAGGCAAAGAGUUACCUGGUGACUUUAAUGACUUCAUAUUUAAAAACAUAGUUCCUGCAUGUAUUUUGGCACCAUUGAGAAACACUUUUGAUUUAUCUGAUGCCCAGACGGUUGUAGCACUAGCAGAAAGUGCAUCAUGUUUGAAAGCUGUUCUAGACAAGAGAGGUGAUGAAUUGGUAAAGUAUUUGCAAACUGAAUAUCUUCCGUCUCUUCAGAUACCGCCACAGUUUGCAGAGGAAUACUGCUGUGCCUUAAAGUCUGACAUGAAAACUUUCAAAGACUAUGUUAAGUCAUUUUCAUUGAAACUUAGAACGUGACACUUGUACUGUAGUAUAGUUCUGUUAACUGUUUCCAUCAAUUUUCUGAGAAGCUGUGAUGUAUGUUAGCAGUUGCAUUUAUCUGUGCCUUUAGAUAUAUAGACAAUCUGCUGAAUAAUUUCAUUAAGUCAAGCAAGAAAAAAUUAAAUAUUGAACUGCGUAUGCCUUUUAUUUAAUCAGUAAUUUUUUUUUCAAUUGAC